GAGGUCCUGGAUUUUGUGGGGGAACCUCCACACAUGUAUGCUCAGCUCCUCCUCCACCUUUGGGUUGAAACGCCCCCCUAUGCUCACAAGCUCGUCUGCGUCGCGUCCCUCUUCCGCUCGCGCUCGGUGAUGUUGCAGGUCGUGGUACUCGUGUGGGCGGCAGCUGAGCUUUGGGUCGGUUUCAUCAGCCUCUUCCACCAAGCAGAUGCCAAGAAGCCCAGACAUCGCAUGGAGGACACUCUUCGUCAGAUGGUGAGGACUGGGCAGCUGUCGCUUGAUGGGAAGAAGCUGAGCCUGACAUCCGAUGAGGUGCCACGCCUGCAGCAGGAGGUGGCCAAGCAGUAUGGGAGGAUGGGAGGUCGGCCCCUGAAGCCGAUGAGCGAGAGGCGAGGGAUCAUGGGUGGCCACCGGUCCAACAGGAGACAGGGCCAUGAGAAGCCUCGGCAGUUUGAGUUGACCGUGUCCAUGAAGCACCGCAUUUGCCAGCAAAUCUAUGCGACCCAUGAGCAGCAUCCUGCCGAGGUGGACAUGCUCAAGGCAUUUGCGAGGAAGAACAAGAUGAGGUUGGACAAAGUUCAGGACAUCUGGGCCAACAGGGCCACAUGGGCUUCCAUGGAAAGCAAGGAGCAUGGGAACCAGAAGCAUGGGGAUCACACUGAGAAGAAGAAGGAACGGGCACAUGGGCAUCAGGUUCUGCAGCGACACCUGGCAUGGCAGUAUGAGCUCCUCCUUCAUGAGCACAUGCAAGAGCUUACGGAGCUUUUGGAAGAUGAGAAGAGUAAGGACAUGAGCACCCAUGAGCGGCAGCAGCAUGAGAAUAAGCUCAAGAAAGCUGAGAAGCAGGUUGAGAGCAUGAGUGCAGACACCAAGGUCAUGCACAGAAGGGCCCAGACAUUGGCCAAAUGGCUGGGUGCUGAGACGAGGGUGCCCAACCUCGUCAACCAGAUAAGUGAGGUUGAGAUGCAGGUGAGAGCUGAGCUCACGUGGCAGCACCAUGACUGGCGCAUUCAUAAGGUGGCAUCAGCAGAUCAUGAGUUUGACAUGCAGUUCUUUGCCAGGCCGCGUGAGAUCACCCCAGACAUCAGAAAGGCAUGUGUGCUGGGCUUCAGCGAUCAGGUGCCAUUGUGGCUGAGAUGUGGGUCACAUCGUGAGGUGUUUGCAUCAUGGGAAUUAGCUGGGCUGAAGAGAAGGAAGCAGCAUCCGCACAUCAGUGACCCACAUCAGACUGCAGAUGAGCAGCAAGAUGUGCCGGCAGCUGAGGACCAGCAUGAGAAGCAGCCACAUGAGCAUGAGGACCUGAGAUUUCUGUCGGGAUUGAAUCGGGACCCGCAGCAUGAGAAGCAGCCAGAUGAGCCUGAGGACCCGCAGCAUCCAGGUGAUGAGUGGCAGCUCGCCAUGCCAGAUGAGGGGCAUGGGAAAAGCCAUUUGACUACCCGUCGGCAAGAGAAGGCCGAUAGGAUGAGGGUCACAUUCGAGGCCAUGCAGCUGGUGACCGGCUUCUUCGACCCUGAGUCCGCGCCAUCAGGGCAUGUCAUGAAGGGACUGCUCAUCGUUCCCGGCCAGCAUGGGCGAUUGGACAACAUCGAUGAGCACGGCAGAUGGAAAGAGGAUGAGGUGUUCUUCUACAUGGGUCAGGAAAGACGCCGCAUCAAAGGUGAGAGCUGCGGCCGAUGUCUCAUCAGCUGGCGGAAGCUGCGAGAUGAGAUGCCUCAUGUUUUCAGGCAUUUCACAGUGAUGAGCCAGCCUGCGAGCAACAGCGAUGGGAUUAUUCUCCCAUGGGUGAUCAAGAAUCAGGCGAAUCAGUUUCCGGUGUCGGUGUGGAUGAGAGAUGCAUAUGGGCCGGCAUUCGCAGCUGAUACGACAAAGACCCUCUUCAUGAGCCAUCAGGUCCAAUCCAGCAUCAUGCCCAAAAUGACAUCAGCCAUGCAACUCACCGACACGGAUUUCUCACAUGCCUUUAAGGCAGCAGUGAGACGAAGCAUCGAUGAGCAGAGCAUGAGACAGGCGGCUCGCAGGAAUGAGGAGGACGGGCACCACGAGCAGCAGUUCCCGAAGAUGGGCCUGAAAGAAAUGGCUCUGGCCAUCGAUGCUGCCAUGGAGCACAUGAUCCAGAUGAAUGAGAAAAGCGAGUGGGUCCUGGGUGGCCUCCGCCGCAACGGCUUCUUGGCCAUGAGACCUGAUGAGAAAGGCAUGAUGAAGAAGUGCG